AUGACGAACUCCACGGUCCAAAUCGCGCUUAAGAACAACACAAAGUCGUCCAACGCGCACGCCUACAUCACCGGCCUCGACAUCAACCGCAACAAUGUGCCUCUUCUCAUGCAAUCCGACGGCACCACGCCCUACUACCCCAGCUCGCCCUCCUCCCCCCUCCAAGCCCUCGGCGCAGACUGCGCCAUCUCCCUCGGUUCCCCAGGCUCGACCCGGACCAUUACGAUUCCUCAAAUCGCAGGAGGCCGCAUCUGGUUCGCCCUGGAUGGGACCCUCACCUUCCUCGUGAAUCCAGGCCCUGCCAUCGUCGAGCCCAGCGUUACUAACCCCGCCGACCCCAACUACAACCAGUUCUGGGGCUUUUGCGAGUUCACCUUCAACCAGGCGCAGCUCUUUGUCAACAUCAGCUACGUCGACUUUGUUAGUCUACCCAUCGCCCUCGAGCUGCGUAACGAGAGCGAUGACGUGCAGAAGGUGCAGGGACUUGCCCAGGGCGGACUGGAUACCGUGUGCACCAAGCUCGUCGCGCAGAAUGCCGCUGAUGGCGCGGGAUGGGAUAAGUUGGUCGUCAAGUCGCCCUCGGGGGCCAACUUGCGUGCCUUGAGCCCGAAUAGUGGGAUUGUCAUGAACAAUGCCCUGUUUCAGGGGUAUUAUCAGCCUUACGUCGAUGCCGUGUGGUCCAAGUACGCCAAUGAGACGUUGACGGUCAACACGCAGGCCCAGUGGGGCGAUAAGACGGCCAAAGUCGUCAACGGCAAACUGACGUUCGACGACGGCGCGGGCUCCUACGCCCAGCCCAGCGCGGCGGAUGUCUUCUCGUGCAGCACGGGGCCGUUUGGCGGGUAUCCGGCCGGCGACGCGGGGGCGCUGAUGGGGGCUCUUGGGGCUCGUAUCGCCGCUGCUUUCAACAGGUCGACGUUGUUGGUGAAUCCGAACCAGCCCAAUGACGAGCAGGUGGCGAAUUAUUACAAGGAGACAAUCACGAACCAUUACUCGCGGGUUUGCCACGAUACGAAUGCCGAUGGAAGGGGGUAUGCGUUUCCAUAUGACGACGUGGGCCCGAGCGACGGCGGGGAUCAGUCUGGGAGCGUGUUUGAUGGGGCGCCCAAGUUGUUGACGGUUACGUUGAGUGGGGUGGGGGUGUAUCAGGCUUCUGGUGAUGCACCAACUGCUGCGAUUCCAGAGGGGCUGGGCGGGGAGCAAAAGGUUGUAAAAGGUAUGGAAGACGGGGAGAAGAAGCCCAAGGAGGAUGAUGGUGCUAAGCCAAGUCUGCAGAGGAAGAAGAAGUCGUUGUGCUCUACCAUCAAGGGCGUGUCUUCUAGGUUCAUGAAGAGGUUUGGAGCUGCUAAGUGA